GCCAUAUAGUGAUGAUCACUGACAACCGUAGUAGGAAAAAGUGGGUGUCGCAGCCGCAUUCGCAGCUCUGUGUGCCCGUUGAACGGUUGAACUUUAGCGCAAAUUCUGCGGUUUUCUUGAGUCGUUUGAAUGCGUGCGUAACCAGAACAGUAAUUAACAGCCUCCGUCAAGAUGAUCGGGGGACUGUUUGUCUACAACCAUAAGGGAGAGGUGUUGAUCUCUCGAGUAUAUCGUGAUGAUAUUGGCAGAAAUGCUGUUGAUGCAUUUAGGGUCAAUGUUAUUCACGCUCGACAGCAAGUACGAUCGCCAGUUACCAAUAUUGCCAGGACGUCGUUCUUCCAUAUUAAACGAGCCAAUAUCUGGCUGGCUGCGGUUACCAAGCAAAAUGUCAACGCAGCCAUGGUCUUCGAGUUUUUAUUGAAAAUCAUCGAAGUCAUGCAGUCUUAUUUUGGCAAGAUAUCUGAGGAAAACAUCAAGAACAACUUUGUCCUGAUCUACGAACUGCUUGAUGAAAUUCUGGAUUUUGGUUACCCACAAAACUGUGACACUGGUGUACUGAAGACGUUCAUCACUCAGCAAGGCGUCAAGUCCGCCACAAAAGAGGAACAGGCUCAGAUUACCUCCCAAGUUACCGGUCAGAUAGGAUGGCGGCGGGAAGGAAUAAAAUAUAGGCGCAAUGAACUCUUCCUUGAUGUUCUUGAAUACGUCAACUUAUUGAUGAGCCCCCAGGGCCAGGUUCUUAGCGCUCAUGUGGCUGGCAAGGUAGUAAUGAAGUCCUACUUGUCGGGAAUGCCAGAGUGUAAGUUCGGGAUUAAUGAUAAAAUAGUGAUGGAUGCAAAAGGGGUGAAAGGAGGAGGUGGUAGUUUGGGUAGCGCGGGUGAUGACCCUGGAGCUAGAUCUGGCAAGCCUGUGGUGGUCAUCGAUGAUUGCCAGUUCCAUCAAUGUGUCAAACUCUCCAAGUUCGAGACGGAACAUUCCAUCAGUUUCAUCCCACCGGAUGGUGAAUUCGAAUUAAUGAGAUAUCGGACCACAAAGGAUAUAUCACUGCCAUUCCGCGUUAUACCGUUGGUACGUGAGGUUGGCCGCACGAAGAUGGAAGUGAAGGCUGUUCUCAAGUCAAAUUUCAAACCCUCUUUACUUGGGCAAAAAAUCGAGGUCCGUGUUCCAACGCCAUUGAAUACGGCUGGCGUACAACUGAUAUGUUUAAAGGGAAAGGCAAAAUACAAGGCAUCGGAAAAUGCAAUUGUAUGGAAGAUAAAGCGAAUGGCUGGGAUGAAAGAGACCCAGUUGUCUGCUGAGAUUGAUCUGUUAGAAACUGAUACGAAGAAGAAGUGGACACGACCACCAAUUUCCAUGAACUUUGAGGUUCCAUUUGCCCCUUCUGGAUUCAAAGUUCGGUACUUGAAAGUAUUUGAAUCUAAACUGAAUUAUUCCGAUCAUGAUGUUAUUAAAUGGGUCAGAUACAUUGGACGAAGUGGCCUGUAUGAAACACGUUGCUAAUCACCAACUUGUCAAUGAUAAAAUACAAAAAAGUAAUCUCAUCUUUGAAGUGUAAUGAACAUAAAUGUAAUAAGGCUAUAGCUGCGUUUUACACUUGGGACUUGCGGUAUAUAGACAAACUAAAAAGUUGCUGGUAUUUAUUCUCGUAAGUUCAAAGUUCAAACGUCCCUUCUAAGUAUGGAGAAAGAUUAAAAAAAUUAAUGAACUUAAUCCGAUUACAUAAUUGAGGCGUAAUUAAUUAUAGCAAUGUCGCAAUCUUUCAGGGUAUUCUCUAAGAAUUCGCACAAAAGAAAAAAAAAAACAUUCCGCCUAAACAGUGCUUAAAAUUGUCAAUGCCACCAUUCUGACGAAAAUACAAUACAUCUACAACUGCUUAUUUCAAUCAGGGCGCAUUUUUAUGCGAGGCGUAAUUUACUGUCAGCGAUUAAAAUAAUGCUCCAAUAUAUCGUGAAAAUGUAUUUAAAAUGUGAACGAUUUCUCUAGAGAUGUGCCCGGCUGGUCCAUGGCCACUUGAAGGCGUACGUGAAAUGUAGCUUCUGUCUCUCUAUGUUAUAUCGAUAUAUUAUAGGUAUAUACAUGUAUGUAUAUAUGUAUCACAAACCGCAUGAUUAAACGUUAGUGCAGUGUUUAAGUUGAUUUUCAGUUAUACGCAAUAUUAUAAGAGAAAUAAAGCAUAACAUUCAAUACUU